CACUUUCUCACACUCUGGCACUGUUCAGUUUGAGAGUGGAGGUGAAGAGGAUUAAACACAACACAGUCUGGUGUCAGACAUGCAUCACGCUGUGGAUCUAAGUCUGUACAAACUGGUGUGUGUGCAGUAGUGAAGACUUUUUUCCCUCUGAAUUUCAUUGAAGGGAGUUUUUGUUGUAAACCAAAAUCAUGUUCACAGCCUACAUAAAGAGUCUGAAUGAUAUGGUAUUUUCUACGUCUGAGAUCCCAGAGGAGCAGCCAAGCACUGGGGUCUUGGGUCGCAUUGGGAGCUGGUUCUCUCCAUGGAAAGGGAAAAGUCCAACAAGUCCGACAGAAAAUGAGUCACCGACGAGUGAUCAGGAUCUGAAAACAGAGGGAGCCAAGGAAAUUAAAGAGGAGGAGUCUGUGGGAAUCCAGGCAGGGGACCAAGACUGGAAGAAGAAGAAGGAGGAGGAGAAGGACCAUAACUCCAGGCUCGAUCUGGUGGGUCUCCCAAGAGACAGCUUCUUUUGUGAGGAAAAGGAUGCCACGCAGUCUGCCCACAGACUCCACUCUGCUCUGAGCUGCACUGAGAGAAGAGAGGGUGGUUCAAAAGAGGAGGAGGAGGAGUUAGGGUGGAGGAAAAAGAGAACAGGGCAGGGGAAGAAGGCAACGGAGGAGAGCAGCAACGGUACUUCUGCGAGCGGGAAUCUUGAGAAGAAUGCCAGUCAUCUGACACGUCACUCUUCCUAUUUCAAACAGGGCAACGCCCAGCUUCAGGCACAGACACAGGCCCAGACAGGCAAGACGCUCCAUGUGUACCUGGAGGAGACCAGUAGUGUGAUUCACUGUGGCAAAGACCAUCACUUUGGACAGGAAGUUAUCCGCACCAAGGUCACAGAAAGCCUCCAGGUUCGUUGCAAGGCCAAGUCGUCACUCAGUGUAGAUUUACAUCACAGCUCCGUAGGUGCAGAGAGCAAAAGGACAAAUAUUAAAUCUGAGGCUGGGGCCCAGAGUUAUUACAAUGCUUUAGUGGGAGUGUCAGAGAAAUCAAACAAAGACUCACAGUCAGAACCAGAACCUGAUAGAGAACAAACAGAGGAGGACACAAUGGGGCGUAAAAAUGCUGCCAGGCGCAGACACAGGAAGAAUUCUCAGGGUGAUGGUGGACAGAGUCCCCUGUCCCCAACACCAGAUAACACAACUGGCCCCAGUCCUGAGGGCAAAAGUCCACAAAGUCAAGCUAGAGAGCUGUAUCUAAACUCCUCCCCCAACCUCACCCCUCAGGCCUCACCUACAGGAGUGGAAAAUGACGCUCCAUGUGACAAGCAGCUGGACAACCUCCAAGGUUCAAACUCAGUCACUGCCGACACUGCAGCAGGUGAAGUUGAUGGAGGAGCAGACAUGGAGGACAGCGAUAGUAUUUACAUGGUAGAAAGGAAGACGGAAACACCAGAGUCCAAACGCAGGAGUAUCAAGGUUUCCCGGAGUGAGGUGAAGCUUUUCAGAAAAUGUGUGCCUUUGAAUCCCGGCCAAAGUCCAGCAGAAGACAACAAACAACAACAUUUUACAUCAGGAUUUACGGUCGCCAAAAAAGAAGAACAAGAAGGAGUAAAAAAGGGAAAAACAGAGAUUGAUGCAAGACUACCUACGCUGACGAAAAAAGAAGAAGAGCCUAAACCAGUCGUCAACAAACUUGCAGAUAAGAUCGGCCUCUUCGAGCGCCAGGGUUUGGUGGGAGCUCACAAAAAGACCUUCCAGACCCCAAGAAGUGCCGACGUCUCCCCGGUGAGAAAAGUCACAGACAGACUGAAAGCUGAAUAUGAGCUGCCAGCCCAGAGAUCCAAAUCGGCUGAUCGUCAGGCCACGCCGUCCAGAUCUAAACCUUCUUCACUGGUGGAGGAGAAAUCACUGUCAGUCAAGGAGCGAAUACGAAACUUAACAGAGGCGUCAAAAUCUGAGGCUAAAGCAAAAACUGUUUCUUCGCCACAGCUUCCUCAAAAGACAGCAAUGACAGGAAUGUCUAAAAGACCUGUGUCAUCUGUGGCGGUUGCUGCAUCUCAUUUGAAAAAACUGGACAGUCAGGACCAACUAGAUGCUAAAGAACAGAUUCAAACAAAAGAAAUGUCAGGAACGACAUUGAAACCUGAUGGACAAGAUGCCGAGUCUGUGAAGACGGAUGUUUCCAUUCCAGAAGUGGAACCAACAGACCGGGAGACCUCAAAACAAGGCAGAGAGAAAGAUAAACCCACUGUCUCUAAAUUUGAUAACACUGAUAAAAGAGCAGUUGAUCCUUCAGAGGCAACUGACAGUGUAAGCCCACAGUCCAAAGGUCCGAGCAGAACAGGCUCUCGCUCUAAGAGAAGGAAAAGCAGAGAGCCGGCCAGCCCAAACAGUGAAAACAAAGCUGCAAGUCAGCCAGAGGCCACGGCUAUAAAACAAGAGCAAGUGGAAGAUCCUGUGGUGACCGUGUCGGCCUCUGGACAGCCCACAGACAAAGUCUCAUUACCAUCUGAUAACGCGUUGGAAAACAAAUCAGGAAAACAAGCAGACGUCGAACAAAAACAUAGUAAAAAGGAUAAAGGAAUAUCAGAAAACCACAAGACAGCUUCAGGUACAGCAUUUACACAGAAGAAUAGUGACAGAACUGUCAACAGACCGGAGGGACUGCCUGAGGCGUACGUCGACAGGGAGGAACCUAAUACUGCUCGUUAUAACGGUGCAACAAGGGCGCCCAUUGAAAGGGAAUCCGUUAUAUCAGCCCAGAAAGAACAGGAGGAAAAGGUAGAGAGUGGCAGCCUUGUACUCACACAGGAGCAAAGUAAACAAGCCUCAAAGGACAGCAAAGAACCUUCAUCGCCCUCCUCCCCCACUCAGUCUGUUAAAGAGGGUCCUUCAAUGGAACGUGAAUCACCUGCCGAACCCCCCCAAAAAGAGAAAGAACCUUCAGUGCAAUCUGAAACUGAAAGUCAGAAAAAAAAAAAACGGCUGCCUCAACACAAAGACAUUGAACCCGACAUGGCUGAGAGGAAGGGCGGAAAAAAAGAACUGAAGGGAGGAUUUAAAAAAGCAAAUCUGGGUGAGAGGAAAGAGAGAGAAAAAACAGGGCAGCUUCCUCACGGAGACAAAAAUACCACUAAGUCCGAGACUUCUGUGAGUGACCACAGUAACACAGAGAAACAGCCGAGUGUUGCUAAGCUGGAUGAAACCAACACCGAGGAGGUGGUGCUCACUGCUGACUUAGAAAGAGCUAAAAGAAACAACUUAGAGCAGGUUCCACAAGCAGCUCCAGACAACAGCCUGACAUCAGUGGAUGCUCCUGGUCAAAUACAACCUGACACCACCACGCACACGCACCAAGAAAAUGUUUCCGUUCUUGCCGACCCUCACACUAAUGAGGCUCAGAGUUGGACAGAAAGACAUAACAAAGGGCCUAGGAGAGCAGAAGCGGCUUGUCAGUUAGAAACAAAGCCUGUGGAAAUGUGUGGAACAGGAACUGAGCCAGCGACUGCCUCGGCUAAACCUCAGACUGAUUCUGUGUCAGUGGAAAAAAUGGAGAGUUCACUGUAUGACUCACACAGAGGUAAUGGAGUUACACUCUUCAGCUCCGAGCCUAUUACCGAGGCAACUGCUACAGCUGAUGAGGUGUCUGUAAAAGCCAGUAAUGAUUCUCUGCCGAAGAUGGACAAUAUGGAGAACAAAGUGUUGUCUGUUGAAAAGGUUCCUGUUGUUUCUUUUCCUGAAGCUGCAAGCACCAAGGGAGGAAAGCAGGAUGAUGGAAGAAGUAUUUCAAGUGUCAAAACAGAGGACAAGUCCUCAGGGGGUGUAAAAGAGCUUGCAUCCAGAACUUUAGAUGUUCCUCCAAGUCUUUCUGUCAGUGGCAUUUUAAAAGCCACAGAUUGUAAUAAAAGUUUUGAUUCAUUACCACAAAAACUUCCAUCCUUUCCUAAUGGUGACUUGUUGUCACAAGCACUUAUUAUCAAAAAGGAUCCUGCCAAUGACUAUGCAAGCCAAAGUCCAAAAACAUCCUCUACCCCAGACACUAAAAAGCCAAGUCCAGAUUCUAGCCAUCGUCCUGCCUUGAGGAAGCUUCACAUACCAAGGGGACUUAGUAAGGAUGAUACUUGUAAACAACAGGAUGCCCCCUCUAGCUGGCUGGAUGUGGACUUUCCCAAACACAAACUUAAAGUUUCAGAGCCAAGGCUGACCUCAGCUGGAAGUGAGAGCAACCUUCUGGACAAUUCUGGAGAGCUGGAUGAUCAAGAUUUUGUUGAGAAGAUCAAGAAACUUUGUGCCCCCUUCUCUCUCCCACCCCGCAAACACAACUAUCUCCGACAACCUCAGCCGCCCUUUGCCAUGCCGGCCAUCAAGGAGGACCGCUUCGAGAAGAUUUUUGACCCUGAGGAGUUCCAGUUUGGCUUAAGGAAAAAGAAGCAGUUCUCUUUGGACACGUCUCCAAGUAUUUUAGCCAAACUCCAGGGUUUGGAUACCAAGUCUGGUCUAAAGCCAGCCAGGGCCAGCUUGGCUGAUCGAAGCAUGCUCCUCAGUUGCCUUGACACAAAGGAUAAAACAUCAGUCCAGACUGAGGUGGAUGCCAAGGAGGAGAAGAAAGAAAAAGUAAAGGUGAAGUCUCGCUUGGAGGGAAGCUGUGUCCUCAGCAGUCUCAGCUCUUUUAGUUUCACAGGGAUGAGAAAUGCAGCACAAACACAGGCAGAAUCCUCCAGCUCAGGAGAGGUGUCCCCAAGCAGAACACCUCAUCAAAGCCCCCCACCUUUAUCCCAGCCUCCACCCACCCCAAGUCCAACCACCUCAACUCCAGUUAAAGAGAUACCAUCACUAAGCCCCAGGGAGGAAACCCAGCCUGCAGGGGCUGUGGCCAAUGACUCAGGAGCUUCACUUCCUUCCUUCAACGACAUUAAGCUGCCAGAUUAUUUGGAGAAGUAUCGCCACCGAGAACCGGCCAUCCCCGCAGCGAGUACACAAGACCGGGUGAAAGUCAACAUAAAGGUUUGUGAAAACAUGACCACUCUGGUUUCUGGAGGAGAAGCAGAUCAGGCUGUGAAACCACCGCUGUCUUUUCCUGACGCUGCUCCUCCAUGUUUUCCUGUCAUUCCACCAAACAUUAACACUACACGGCCCGAGCAGCUGAAGACUCUGCCGCAAGCGAUCCCUGCCACACAUGAGAGAACUCCCAGAGGCUUCCACAAGCGACCAGGAAAGAUGGUGUUAUUUGAGAAAGCAGAAUUUAGCGGCCAAGCGUAUGAGAUUUACAGGGAUGUAUCAGACGCCACGUGUCUCCAGCUCUCGCCUCUUAUAUCUGUCAAGGUUAUCAGAGGAUGCUGGGUGCUCUACGAGAAGCCCGACUUCCAAGGUCGCUGCAUAGCCUUGGAGGAAGGAGGAAUAGAGCUGGACAACAUGUGGGCAGAGGUUGAUAUGGAGACAGAACCUCAGAACCUCCCACCAAUGCAGAUUGGGUCUAUAAGACAUGCUGUCUGGGAUUACAGCUUACCUCACAUCGAUCUGUUUACUGAACCGGAGGGCCACGGCAGAGUAACACCUUACCACGAUGAUGCGAUAGAGACAGGCUCAUUCGGCAUCCCGCUGAGCACCGCUUCCAUCCAGGUGCACUCUGGCGUGUGGCUGGUGUUCAGUGACCCAGGAUUCCAGGGAAUGCUGGCUGUGCUGGAGACAGGAGUCUACCGUUUUCCAGAGACCUGGGGGUUUACAGCACCUUUUGUUGGAUCUCUGAGACCACUCAAAAUGGGCGGCUUUAAAGUGGAAAAUCCCAGUGAAGUCAGGGCAUUGGUGUAUGAAAAACCGGGCUUUGAAGGAGACUUUUUGGAAAUUGACAGUGAGAUUUUCAGCUUCUCAGAGAGCGAUGUUGAUGAAAGUGAGAAUUUGAACUUUAAGUCCAUCGGUUCUCUGAAGAUUCUUGGAGGACUCUGGGUAGGUUACAGUCUGCCAGGGUUUGAAGGCCAACAGUACAUACUGGAGGAAGGAGAAUACUUGGACUUUAAUGACUGGGGAGGAGCAGAGCACCUAUUGUCACUGCAGCCAGUUCUGUCUGAUUUUAUGUCCCCACACAUUAAAAUGUUCAGUGACAAAGAUUUUGGCAACCUGGGAGCCAACAUCGACCUGACAGUGCCUGUCAUUAACAUGGACGACAGCGACUUCGGCAUGAAAACACGGUCGAUUGAUGUCAUGAGUGGUGUGUGGGUCGCCUUUGAGGAGCCGGGUUUUUGUGGUGAGUCCUACAUCCUGGAGAAAGGCCUGUACGGAAGUCCAGAAGACUGGGGCGCCCUGCAGCCCAGAGUUGGCUCUGUGAUGCCAGUCAUGCUGGAUGAUUUCGAGAGAGCGGCCAAGUUCAAGGUGCAGCUCUUCUCUGAUGCAGGCUUUCAGGGCUCCGUCCUCACCCUGGAGGACAGCGUGCCGUCCCUGCAGGACUCCUUCUCUGUGGCUUCCUGUAAAGUAGUGGCCGGCAGCUGGUUGGUGUUUGAUGGUGAGGACUUCACAGGCAGGAUGCACGUGUUGGAGGUGGGCAGUUAUCCAGACCUGAGAGCAGUGGGCUGUGAUGAGGGCAGCGCCUCCAUCAGAUCACUACAGCCGGUUGGAUUUGAAUUUUCGCUGCCUUCCAUCACGCUCUUUGAGCGCUGCGGUCUUCGGGGAAAGAGAGUGGUACUGACUGAUGGAUCGGUCAACCUCCAGCUGUCAGAAGGCUGCAGCAGAGUACAGUCUGUGCUGGUGGAAGGAGGCAUCUGGGUUCUGUACGAAGGCAUCAAUUAUCUGGGGGAGCAGAUUUUACUGAGACCUGGGGAGAUUCUGGACUGGAGGAGCUUCAGCAGCUGGAAUAAGAUAGGCUCCGCGCGACCUUUACUACAGAAACAGGCUCACUUCCGUUUGAGGAACAGACACAGUGGGUUGAUGAUGUCAGUGACGGGCGACUUGGACGACAUCAAACUGCUGCGGAUACAAGAGAAGGAGGAGACGGACGGACUGGAGCAGAUCUGGAUUUAUCAGCAUGGAUUUCUACACUGCAAGCUGCUGGAGGAGUGCCGCCUGUGUCCCAGUGGGAGUGUGAUCAUGGCAGGGAGCCGUGUGGGUCUCAACCCACCGCCUGACCCACAGGUCCACUUGUGGAGUAUCACGCCUGAGGGCUUCGUCAGACACUUCUCCACAGCCAAUCUGGUUCUGGAGGUCAAAGGAGGCAAAGACUACGACAAGAACCAGGUCAUUCUGAACUCACUUGAUCCUAAAAAACCCCAACAGAGGUGGGACGUGGAGAUUCUCUGAGGACCUCUGAGCUGCUGAAUAGGAAACUAUUAUUAUGAAUAAUAUUAUUAUUAUCAUUAUCAGAGGCUUUGUUUAACUGAACCACAGUGGAGGUACUACAGAGAACGAUAAAGUGUUUACUGAAAAAGAACGAAUAGCUUCCAAUGACGACGUCAGUGGGUAAAUCGACGGCUAAACUUGCACAAAUGUAAAUGUAAACCAACCAAAGAGGCAUAAAAGUCCCAUCUGUUUUUUUUUUUUUAAACUUUCAAAAAACAAGUUCGAUGUUAAGUAACUCAAACAGUGUUAACACCUGCGCCAUGUAAGUGAUGGAAACUGAGCAAGAGGAGGAAAAGAUGAGUUUACCUUGAAAAGUCAUUCACCAUCAUUUAAUCAAUAAAUAUACACAAGGCUAUUUUGGUAACCAAAUAUUAAGUAUUUUACGUGUCAAUAAAUUUGCAAAUACACUGUACAGUAAAAUGAGAGCUGUACUUUUUGUAAUAAUGUUGAAAAUAAACCUUUAUUUUCCUUUGCUUGUACUUUCCCAAUAAUGAAAUGAAAUAUAAAAACCUUGCUCAAU